GAGUUUUGAAAUUUGGAGCAAUUUGAUGGGUUGAUUGACUGCUUGCAUCUUGAGGCAGAAUGGGGGCAUGGAAUCUGGAAGCUUUUCUUUUAUGCUAUGGACUUGCAGAGCUUGUGGAGAUCUUUUUUGGAAAAGAAUUCUGAAGUGGAGUUUGGUGGUUUUAGCACAAAGACUAUUAUAUCACAUGGUAGAAGAUUAUGGAUUUCAGAUAACAGUUGGUAGGCAAGUGCAUUUUUUUAAUGGCAUGCAGUGUCUAAUUGCCCCUUGAAGAAUGCUUUUCUUGAUUUGGCAGCUGAUAAAAAUGGUUGUGUGUGAUGGAGGUGGUAUCUCUCAGAUCCCUGUAUUUUUAGAGAAUCUGAAUGAAUGAGAGCUGGUUUUUGUGUUGGAUUCCUCGUAAGACUUUAAUAGUGGUGAAGGUGGUAGAAUUGGGGUUUGAUGACUAAUUGAGUUGGACUCUCAAAAGGAGAAGAAAUUUGAUGCGAAGACCUAUUUAAAAUUCUUUUCAGUGGAAAAGUUUGGGACAGGCACAUCCCCCCCAACUUUUUAUUUGGAUAUUGCUCAUUAGAGAGUUUUGAUGAUUACUUGAUGAAAUGGGAAGCUUCUGGUUAGUGUUAAUAGAUGCUAUGUGUAAGAGCUAAAAUGAACCAUGUAUCAUUUACAUUUUUAUUGUUCAGUGCCCAGGGAGCUAUGGGAUUACAUAUGUUAUAUCUUUGUGCUCUCAUGCUGAUGCUGAAAAGUGUCAUUGACGUUCAAUUGCAGGUUUAUUAUAAUAGAGAGGUUUGGUAGGCAGUACCAUUUCAUUUGUCUUAGUGUUUGUGUGAAGAGAAAUAUCAUAUAGCAUUUGAAGAGUAGCACUGUGUCAUGGAGUUAAAGGAAAGUCAUUGAGAGGACUAUUCUAUUUCUAGGGGACGUAUAAAUACUUUUGUUUUUUUUUUAAAUUGGGUCUUCUUCUCUUUACAAUUUCAAUGGGAUGCACCGUCUCUAUAUGACUUCUAUUAGCACCUCGUAACAAUUUUAUUUAAUUAUUUAUGGGGUGUUUUUAAUUUUUUUCAAACUUCUCUUAGGGAGUAAUAUUGGAGGUGAGGGGAUGAAAUGUGGUUUAUCCAAAAGGGGGUGUUUAAGGAUAAACCAUACUAAAGGGGAUCGAUUUGGUGUUCAAUCCGUGCUCUUUCCGCGGAAAGAAAUUUUGAGUAAUGCUGCCCAACCUAAGGCAUUUUCUUUUGCUUGUACAGCAUCUUUGGAGGUUGGUGCAAUAGAAUGGAGAAGACUUUUGGGAUGCCUCUUCAGUAAUAUAUGAAACUCCUAUUUCAAACAUAUAAGAGGGUGAAUUACUCUGGGACUUUAUAAGAACGUGCACCAGAUAUUAGUGAGGUUGUUUCAGAUGUGUACAAAAUGCGACUCUCAUUGCAGCUGCAGAAAAGCUCAACUAAACUCAAAGGAAAACAAGAAUACUGAUGAUUUGCCCUCGUUACUUUUUCCAAGAAGUUCUUCCCAGCUGUCAGCAGUCAGUAUAAUGUCUGAAAGUAGUGCACCUAAUCUCGUAUAUAAAAGGAGGAAAUUACGAGGAAACUCUGUCACCAUAUUUUCAGAAGAUCGAGGAAACACAAGAACUGGUGAUUAUCUUUCUUUUGUAAAUUUUAAUGUUCCUUCAGAAGAUCGAGAAAACACAAGAACUGGUAAGAAACAACUUGUUGAUUCGCACAUAGAGCAUGAAACUAAAGCCACUCGAGCGUCUCCUCAUUUAUGCAAUAGAGAGUCUCAUGUUUUAAAUUCAGAAUCUUUUAAUGGAUGUUCUGUUGGUGAGGAAUUAAUUUCUGAUGAAGCACCUAAAAACAAUGUGCAAAAAGUUUUAGAGGUAAACAGCGUAAAUGAUAGUUGCUCAUCAUCAAAGUCAAAUAUGGAGCAUCUGUCAGCAGUCAGAAUAAUGUCUGAAAGUAGUGCACCUAAUCUCGUAUAUAAAAGGAAGAAAUUAGGAGGAAACUCUGUCACCAUAUUUUCAGAAGAUUGGGAAAACACAAGAACUGGUGAUUAUCGUUCUUUUGUAGAUUUUAUCGUUCCUUCAAUUGCUGCUAAGAAACAACUUGUUGAUUUGCACAUAGAGCAUGAAACUAAAGCCACUCGAGCGUCUGCUCAUUUAUGCAAUAGAGAGUCUCAUGUUUUAAGUUCAGAAUCUUUUAAUGGAUGUUCUAUUGGUGAGGAAUUAGUUUCUGAUGAAGCACUUAAAAACAAUGUGCGAAAAGUGUUAGAGGUAAACAGCGUAAAUGAUAGUUGCUCAUCAUCAAAGUCAAAUAUGGAGCAUGCUUCAACUUCCAUGAAGACUGAAGUAGAUGAAAAUGGUGAGUGCUCCUCUUCUAGUGUGAUAGUCAUGGAGGCUGUGGGAGACCUGUCUGAAAAGGAUCUAUGCAUCUCAAUUCUUAGAAGCCAUGGACUGCUUGGGGAUGUUCAGGCUACCAGGAUUUGUCGUUCUGCUGAAGACACUGGUACCAGUAGCAGUGACAGCUGUCAUCGGUCAUGCAAAAUUUGUAGUCGUGCAGGAACUGCUCUGAAAAUGCUGAUUUGUGAUAAUUGUGAAGAGGCAUUUCACAUGUCAUGCUGCCACCCCCGUAUAAAGAAAGUACCUUUUGAUGAAUGGUUCUGCCAUUCUUGUUUGAGAAAGAAGCAAAUUUUAAAGGAGAAAGUGGCUAGAAAAUCACCGAAUAUCACCAGUGUCAUGUGUAGGAAUGCAUCAUCUAAAGGCCAAGUGAAUCCUAUACUGUUAAUGUUAAGAGACAAUGAGCCGUAUGCAACCAGUGUUCGGUUUGGCAAAGGGUUUCAAGCGGAAGUUCCUGACUGGUCAGGCCCAAUAAAUGAUGAUAUUGAUGGCAUUGGCGAACCUUUGGAAUUAGAUUCUUCGGAGUAUGUUAGAUUGAAUGAGCUGAACUGCAAUAAACCUUCUAGAGUUAGCUCUAUAGGUAAUUGGCUUCAAUGUCGAGAAGUUGUAGAUAGUGCAAAUGGAACUAUUUGUGGAAAGUGGCGCAGGGCUCCUCUUUUUGAAGUCCAAACUGAUGACUGGGAGUGCUUCUGCUCUAUCCUUUGGGAUCCAAGCCAUGCUGAUUGUAAUGCGCCUCAGGAACUGGGAACGGAUCAAGUUCUGAAGCAACUGAAGUAUAUUGAGACGCUGAGGCCCCGGCUAUCUGCAAAACGGCAUACUUUGGAUGGCACCAAGAGUACUGGUGAUUUACAAAACCCCAUAACAGAUGCAAAAAGUAUACAAACUCUAUGAUAUGAUGAGAACUCAUUAAAAGUGUCGAUACAAACCCAGCUUGUUACUCAUGUUGUACAUUUAUUUCAUAUAUAACAAAUUGGGUUAGAAAUUUUCACCGCAGUUGAAUGUGUAAUGAUAUAGGCAAGUAUAUGUUUAUGAGCUACUGUCUUGCGCGCCUCUCUUUUAAGUUUUUAACCUCCUUCGCAGUGUUGUUUGAUUUUCGUCUUUUAAUGGGUGAACUGAAAUGUGGAAUGGAUGGACGAAGAACUACAAAACUAAAUUGUGAAUAUCAUAUUGUUCAUGAUUUUCAUAAUGAAAAAUAUACGACCUAGGAUUUUCAGCUCU